GAGUAGACAUGCCUGUCUUAACAGAGCACCUGUGUCAAGAUUUGGAAGGAUUCUUCAGUGAUCGGAGGCCUAAGUGUCCGAACGGAGGGCUGGGAGGAGGGGACAGGCAGGGAUACGGCUUUGUCCUGCAAGAUCAGACAGUCUACAGUAAGAAUCCAUACUGGCAGGACAAAACAGAAACAGCAGGAGCAAUGAUCUGAUCACCCAGAGAGAUGUGGACAAUGCUUAACCUUCUUCUGAGCACUUUUAAUGAUUCCAGGGAGGGUGUCUGCUGAGUGUGUGAGUCCUGGCUGGUGCUGGCCAGAUGGCUGAGGUUAAAGACACGGUGCAGGAGGAUCCAAAUCUGGGCUCUGGUCCAGAUGAGGAUACCUCUGAGUUGUCAGUUUCUGAGAAUGAUUCAGAUUCUGGGAGUGUGCUGUCAGAUGACUCCAUGCUCCCUGACUAUGAACGGGAAGAUGCCAGUCGAGGCUCUGCCAACACCUUGUACCAAGCCUGUGCCAAGAACAAUGCAGCAGCCCUCCGCAGAGUUCUGGAGAGGGGUGUUACGAGAGACAAAGUCAUGGAACUAGACAUAAAUGGCAGGAAUGGUCUGAUGGUGGCAGUCUCAAAAGGCUUUGUGGAUCUUGUGUAUGGACUCAACCAGUGCCCAUUUCUGGAUAUCAAUCAUCAGGAUAAUGACGGCAACACUGCACUCAUGAUCGCUGCACAGUCUGGUUUCGUAAUCAUCCUCAACUACAUCCUAAAUUACUUCAGUGGUGUGAACAUGGAGCUCUGGGAUACCCGAGGCUUCACCGCACUCCUCAAGGCAGUCAUCCAGGGCAGCGAUGACUGCAUGGCUUCACUGCUCAUGGCUGGAGCUGACAUAAAUGUUGUGGAUGCCGCAAGGGGGAAGGACAUACGAGAAUGGGCUCUGAAGACAGGUCGCUUUGAGACGUUAAACAGACUUAGACGGCUGAACAGCAGGCCUCAGGCUGAACAAUUCUGUGAAACAUAUGUCCCAGAGUGGCCAGAUCUGAAGGAGCUAGUGGCCAAAGCCACAGCCACAAAAAGCACAGGACAGAAAGUCGCCCAUCGCCUGAAGUCUACUUUCACCUUUAGUUUUCCACAUGACCCCCAGGACAAUGGCAUCAUGGACCAUAUGGUGCGCAUAACCACAAGCAUCCACAGUCCCUUGGUGGUCAGCGGAUGCCGUCCUCUGUGUCCAUCAAGCCCGCCGGAGAUUGGGAAGAGACGCUUGGCCGUGCCUGAACUGAUGCAGAUGCACCCUGGGAAAAAGCUUGAGGAACAUGCGACGCGGCACAGCAAUGGCUCCAUCUCUGUGGCGUCUACUUCUGCCUCUUCUGUGUCGCUUGGCUCAUGCUGCUCUGACUCGGAGCGGAGAGGCAGCGUGCUCUCCAUGGCCUCCAAUGGAGUUCGCAAGUUUGUCCCGUGCAGCAUGGCCCGCCGCAAUAGCGUGUUCCCCACCGGCUGCGUCCCCCAAAUCAAAGUGACCAAGUCUGGAGAGCCAACGCCCAAGAAGGAGAAGAAGAAGAAGCUAACCAAAGGUUAUUUAGAGCCACCGAUAUGGAAGUAUAAGGAGGCUAAAGAGCAGAAGAAAAAAGAGAAGAAAAAGGAAAAAGCAGAACAAGAGAAAACGGAUAAAGGAGCCAAGAAAAAAGCUAAAAAAUGAAUAAACUGCCAACAGGUUGCAAUGAUGCUCUCAGAUUUGCCAUCAUUCUAGAUCUUUCAUAUCUGUUUCAGGAGUUAAAGAGAAAUGGGUCAUCGUUGGACAUCAAUGGGACAUUGUUUUCACGGUUGUUUUAUAUGAAUGGAUAGCAGGACAAGGCAGUC